ACUUAAGCCUAAUACACCUUUAUCACCAAUUUUAUUGUAACUUUUUAAAAAUUGAAGAAAAAAUAAAAAAUUAAUUAGUUAAUUUUAAGGAAAAAUGAAAGAAAAUAUGAAAUAGUAAGAAACUAACAAUAAAAACAAAAGGUGAAAAUAAAUAAAUAAAUAAAUCAUUUCAAUUAAGAAAGAAAGACAAAAAAAUAAAUCUAAUAACAAUAUAAAACAGCUUUUUUGCUUCAAUUAAUUUUUCUAAAUAAAUAAAAAAUCACAAUCCAAACAAAUAAACUAUUUUUACAAAAGAUCAAGUGUCAAAUUUGA